AACACCGUUAGACGGAUGUGAAGUGAUGCGGAUAGUGACAAAUCAGUGUCCUGGCCUUAAAGAACCGAAUCGUAUACGGACACGAACUUUACGCAAAUACCUGGCAACAACAUCACAGGUACAUUUGUUUAAAACCAUGUUCAAAUACUAAAUCUUAGAUUGAUCUCAUGUCAACAAUUUCUUAUAAAGUCAUAAUGAAGGUGAAACAUAAGUUAAUGAAGAAUUACUUAAAACAUUUUUUUAUUUUAUUUUAAAACAGAUUCUUGGCAUGACCGAAUCGAAUUUGAAAAUGGUGGCAGACUAAAUUGGUCAUAACCUUAACGUCCACACAGAUGUGUACAGAUUACAAAGCUCUUUGUUAGAAAACACGAAGGUGGCAAGGGUAUCAAUCGCCAUGGGAAAGGGACAUCUUAAUAAAUUCGAAGGAAUACUACUAGAUGCAAUUUCGAUUGAAGACAUACUAGAACCUGCUGAGUAUGAAGAGUCAUGGUCAGUUGACCAGACAGUGAAUGAAAUAUCAGGUGAUGAAAAUGAAAACGCAGCAACUGUGCAACAUGCUGCCUCAGAACCACUUUCAGAGAUAACCACGAAUCUACACUCAGGGACAAAUGAGAAAAAGCAACAAAACGAAAACCAGAAACAAAUGUCGCAAGUUCAAGUUAUUAAAGCGGUCCAUGAAGAGGAUUACGACAAGAUCUCGCAAGUGUCAAAGGAGAAACAAAUGCAUAUCGAGGAAAAUAGGGACAAACUUACGGCUAGCUUCAAAGAAAGCCAGGACUGGCAGCUGAUAAAACAGUGGAGUUCUGGCCAAGGCCUGGAAACCAUAUAGAACAACUGACGUCAUGGAAAGCGGUGAUCAGAAUGAAACAACCAAACAAGCUAACAACAAAGAUGUAGUGACUGCAGAAACUUGCACUGACAUCAAAGGUA